UGGAUCCGACACUGCAGAGCGAAUCAUGGAGGUUACUGUAAGGGUCAGCUAUCAGCAAUCGCCUUCACUAUUCCCGGUUUCCGACUGAUCGAUUGUCAAACGCGACAGGUAUCGAAGCAUACAGAAGAGGUGGAAUAUGUUGCCUUGAGCUAUGUGUGGGGGAAUGGGUCGCACGCUAGUACGCGUGCGUUACCAAACCCUGCACAGAGAGUCAUCGAGGACGCAAUGAUUGCAACUAAGGAGCUUGGAUUCCGGUACCUAUGGGUCGACCGCUAUUGUAUCUCUCAGUUAGAUACUUCUGAGAGCAGGACACAAAUCGCGAAUAUGGAUCGAAUCUACGCAGGCGCCGUAUUUACAAUAGCAGCCGCAGCGGGAGAAGGUCCAAAUUACGGUCUACCUGGAGUUUCUCAUAGACAGCGACACGUACAGCCACGUGCACGUUUUGAAAAGCUGCACUUAGUUGCGUCACCACCACCACCAAGGGACGUCAUAAGAGCCUCGAAAUGGGCCUCUCGCGGUUGGACGUUCCAAGAGUCAAAGCUGUCCCGGCGCACACUAUUUUUCACCGACGAUCAAGUGAUCUUCGAAUGUGGUUCUAUGACAUGCGAAGAG